CUUCGAAUGGUUCUUCCUUUAUAAUCCCCUUGUUUUAAUUCUCUCUUUGCAUCCAAUCUCUUCACCAAGGAUUCCAUUUUGCUCUCUCUGUCUCUCUCUCUCUCGCUCUUUCGAUUCCAAUCGCACAAAUUAAUGAUGCGUGUAUUAUCACUUGAAGGAAUUUGCCAUUGCUUGUUUUCUUAUUGAUGAUUAAUAAUUCUCCACCUUCCGGGAAGAUGUGAUUGACCAUUUCCUUAAUCCAUUCUGUGAAUCUCUUCGAAAUGGCAGGGCAAGAGGCGUGUGUUCUGUAAGCAAGUUUCAGUUGAUAUAUAGUGUUUAAACUUGUAUAUUACUGAGGUGUCAUUAUGACCCAUAUGCAUCAGUAUGGAGGUGAUUGUUCUAGCUCUAGUUCCCUAAGCAGCCGAAACAAUGGUACUGAUGAUGACAGGAUGAUUGCUGUUGUUCUUUCGGAAGAGUAUGCUAAGUUAGAUGGAGCAGUUGCUAAACGCUUGUCAAGCCUACCUUCCAUCCCUCACGUCCCACGUGUGAAUACAUUCAUACCAACGCUAAGCGAUGCUAGUUUAGAUCACCAACGCCUGCUUCAAAGGAUCAAUGCUUAUGGCUUAGUUGAAGUGAAAGUCUCUGGUGAUGGAAAUUGUCAGUUCCGUGCACUAUCAGACCAAUUGUACAGAUCACCAGAACAUCACAAACAUGUGCGGAAAGAUAUUGUAAAGCAGCUUAAAAAAAACCGAUCUUUGUAUGAAAGCUAUGUUCCUAUGAGGUACAAACAAUACUACAAGAAAAUGUCCAAGAUUGGUGAGUGGGGCGAUCAUGUUACAUUACAGGCUGCAGCUGACAAGAGUAGAAAAUGUAGUUCUUGCAUCCUCCAAGAUGGCACUCUUUUCCAGUAUGAAGCAAAGAUAUGUCUUCUAACUUCAUUUAGAGAUUCUUGUUUUGUCGAAAUUGUUCCACGACAACAGCCGCCUCGUAGAGAGCUAUGGCUGAGUUUCUGGUCAGAGGUGCACUACAAUUCGAUUUAUGAAUAUCGAGAUCUUCCCAACCGAUACAAACCAAAGAAGAAGUACUGGCUGUUUUAGAAGAGAUUAGAUUACAUAUCAAGAAGAUGUAGCAUUGUGUUCCUCUGUAUAUACUUAAAAAAACAAACCUUUGUUGUUUUUUUUCACUUACAUCAUCUCAUACUGGCCAUGUUCAAACAAAAAUCAACAGUUCAUGAUUCUUUAUUAUAUUAUUUUUUAAAUCAUCA